GCAUUUCAAUUAUCUCCCCUGGGGUUGAAGAAAAGCUAUUCUAAGAGUGCAGUAAUGGUGACAAAAUCAAGGAACGAUCUUCAAGAUAAAAGUAAACAGAUUUCCCAGUUAAAAAGGCAUCAUUUGGUUUAAAUUUAUACUUUCGUAAGAUGGAAUGUACUUGAAGUUUCAGUGUUAAAAGAAAAUGGAGACAGACAGAGACAUCAUUUCACGUCUUCAGUAUCAACUGAAAGAAGCUGAAGAAGAAAGAAGAAAAGCGGCACAGUAUGGCUUAAAGCUGGUGGAAAGCGAAAACUUGCUGCAGAAUCGGCUAGAUGAACUGCAAAAUGAAAUGGUUACCAUAACAGAGAAUUUUGAACAAGAAAAAUAUACUCUCCAGAGAGAAGUAGAAUUGAAGAAUCGAAUGUUGGGAAGUUUAAAUCUUGAAUGUGAGGCUCUUAAGCAGCAGCAAAAUGUACAUCUGGAUGCAUUGCGUAGGCAGUUGGAAACAUUACAUGGGCAAGAAAUAAAGGAGCUUAAAAAUAAGGUUGAAAAAUUAAAAUCAGAGUUAGACGAAGCAUUACUUAGUGAGAAACAACUGAAGCAUAAAGUGGACCAUCUGAAAGACGUGAUUGCUUCAAAAUCAGAAGAACUACACAUAAUGUCAGAACGUGUACAAGAAACUAUGUCUUCAGAAGUGCUCAGUCUUCAGCUUGAGCUGCUAUCCCUUGAGCAAGGAAAGACAGAUCUUGAGGACAAGUUAUAUGAACUGCAAUACAGUAAAGAACAGCUAGAACUUGGAAAUAGCAAUUUGACGAAUCGAGUGGCUCGGCUUGAAGAAGAGAAGGAAGAGAAAGAAAAAGAUCUUAUUUCAUUUUGCAAUUCAUUAGAGGAAGCCCGUGAGAUGAACCGAGAUCUUCAAGUUCAACUUGACCAUGCACUACAGCAGGCCCAGGAUUUUCCCAGUCAAGGCAAUUCUCUAUUUGCUGAGGUAGAGGAUCGUAGAGUAGAAAUGGAGCGUCAACUAAUUAGCAUGAAAGUAAAAUAUCAGUUAUUACAAAAACAGCAUAAUUUCACCAGAGAACAGUUGCAAAGAGUCAAGCUGCAGAUGGCUACACUUCUAAGAAUGAAAGGUUCACAGGGAGAGCAUGACCAGUUGGAACGUUUACAAAACAUGCUUCAACAAAAGAAUGGUGAAAUCGAAGAACUGCUCAUGAAAGUGAAACAAUUAGAAAAAUCAAUGAAGGUAUCUGAGAACUCAAGAGAGCUGAAACCGUCGAAUGCCUCAGAAGAUGCUGAAUUUGAAAAUGGGUAUUAUGUUGAUUUGCUUCAAAUGAAACUUGAAAAUUCAGAUAAGGAGAAAGAAAAUUUGAAGAAUGAAUUAUCUUUACAGCGGAUGAAAGCUUUGUUUGAAAGUCAGCGAGUCUUAGAGAUGGAGCGAAAGCUUUUUGUAACUGAAAAGCAACUUGAAGCUUGUCAGAGUGAGAACAUAAAUUUGCGUGUGCUGCUAGAUGAACUGAAAAUCAAAUAUGAACCAGAAGAAUUAACGGGCCAACUGAUCAGCCUCAAGAAGGAUGCAAGGCAUGGAUUUUCAGACAGCUUCAAUAUCAGCAAUUCUUUGUGUGAAUCUUCUUGUUUGCCAUUUCAAAACAAGGAACUGGCUAAAGAAACGAAAGAUGAUCUCAAAACUACCCUUCAAAUUAAAUCCAUGAAUGUUGUUCCUCUUCCGCCAAUAGAACAAAGAGGAAAGAAGACCGUGAAAAUUGAGGAGAAAGACUUUGACAGAACAGCUAUAAAUAAGAAAACUGGGAAUGAUGCAGGAUUGCUUCAGGCCACCAGGUUAACUUCUGACCCUGGUUUAAAGAUUGAAGAAAAUCAUCUUGGUGCAACUGAAGAUAUAUCCAAGCACAAGAAGAAAACCAAAAAGAAUGUUUAUCCCAUAACAUAUGUAUCUUCCAAGCAAAACCUUGAAAAUCAAUGCACUCAACAAUGAAUGUUUUUGUCACUUUUGCGGGUCCUUUCAAAUGUAUGUGAAAUAGCCUGCCCUAAUCUGCAAGGUUCCAGAUAUGUGGAAUCAUUAUCUGGUCAGUAUGACCAAUAGUUGUAUUGACUUGGCAUGAUAAAAGUUCUAGACCAAUUCGUCUAGAGAGUUCCAGAUUGGGCAAAACGGGUUGCAGAAUAAGUGAUUUUGUUCAGUGCUUUUUAAUAAUAUCAUCUGAACAUAAUACCUGAAAAGUUUGAAAUUGGUACUUCAGUUGUUAAUCUCGUGUAAUAUAUUUUGAAAACUGCAACAACAAAAAAAUAAGUAUGCCACUUACCAGCAGUAUAUUCAUACUAGCAUUUAAUCCACUCUUUUUAUGUGAAUCCCAAGUGAACAGGUAAGACUAGAUAUAAAUAAAUGGAUGUAAUAUAUGGUAAUGAGACUGUAACAUAGUACUAUUUUUGCUCUACUUGUAUGUAUGUAUUAAUUAAAUAAAUUUUUCAAAUGGUUAUUCAUUUGUAAUAAAUAUUAAAUAAAAC